AUGUUUACCGGUCUUGUCGAGAUCAAGGGAGUUGUCUCCGACAUCAAACUCGACAGUCAAUAUGGUGCGACCCUCACCAUCAGCAACGCCAGCUCCAUCCUCAGCGACUGCAAACUCGGCGACAGCAUAGCCGUAAACGGUAUCUGUCUAACCGUUACAACCUUCACCAGCGAUAGUUUCACCGUCGGUUGCGCGCCAGAAACUCUCCGUCGCACCAAUGUCGGUUCUCUCCAAGUAAACUCUGAAGUUAAUCUCGAACGCGCCGUUUCCGCUGAUACACGUAUGGGAGGACAUUUCGUACAGGGACAUGUGGAUACGGUUGCGGAGUUGAUCAAGAGGGAAGAGGAUGGUGAGGCUUUAACGCUGAGGUUGAAACCGAGGGAUCAACAUGUUUUGAGAUAUAUUGUUGAGAAGGGUUAUGUCACGCUUGAUGGGGCGAGCUUGACGAUUACAAAGGUUGAGGGGGAGUGGUUUGAAAUUAUGUUGAUUGCGUAUACGCAGACGAAAAUUGUGACGGCGCUCAAGAAGGAGGGGGAGUAUAUUAAUGUCGAGGUGGAUCAGAUUGGGAAAUAUGUCGAGAAGGCUGUAGAGGGGUAUUUUGCACAGGGCUCUAAUGGAGAUAUGGCUAUAUUGGAGAAGAUGGUGGAGCGAAUUGUUGAGGCAAAAUUGGCGAAGUCUGCUGGGAAUUAA